AUCAGCUGUUUUGUUGUUGGGUUUGUUGGUUUGUUGUAUAACAAAAAUAAAACGAUAAAUCGUGAAAAAGUGAUCCAAUAUGAAUGUUACGUACAGUAAAAAAGGUCCAAUAUACGACCCAGGGAUAUGUCGCUGCUGUGGAGCCCUUAAAAAGUGUCGUAUAUUAAACUUGGAGUACGAAUAUCUGGGCCAGAAAGAAACCUACUCUGAUAUCUUCGUUGAGUGUUUUGGACUAAUGCUGUCCCAUCUAGAUGGCGAAACAAAAGACCGUUUAAUAUGCGCUACCUGCGUCGGCCGACUGCGUGAAGCCAGCUCCUUCCGUCGGCAGGUGCUGCAGUGUGAAGAAAAAAUGCUGCAGAGUUGGAUUCAUGUCCAUAGUGAAGGUGCAUCAGGUCCUCCAAUGGUGAAGAAAGAGUUCAAAAUAGAAGUAAUUAAGAAAGAAAUUGAAGAUGAUGAUAUGAACCACUGUGAAGACAAUCAUGACAAUGGUAAUGCAUUGUCAGACAAUAUAAAAGAAGAAACCAGCAGUAAAAAAGUCCUCACUCAAAGGGAUGAGUUGGCCAAGCAGCAGCUCCUGAACAAGAUAUUGAAAAUGAAGGAGAAACUGAAGAAGAUCCAUCCAGAUAAAAAGCUUCCAAAACCAAAACUCAAACCGCCGGUACGCGACAAAUUCGUCGACGAAGACUCUCUUAUGUUCCAAAACGCGGUCACCAUCGUCGAAAACUCCUACGUCUGUCCCUUCCAGACUUCUUACAGCACUUACUUCUGUGUCUACUGCAAGGCUACGUUCACGGACCCGAACCAACUCAGAGACCACACCUCGAAGCAUGAUCCGAAAACUUUCAAAAACGUGUUCAGCAAAAGAAAAGCAACGUACAUUGACAUAGAAAGAAUUGACUGCAGGCAUUGUGAAACUAAAAUAUUAGAUAUGGACUCGUUUAAGACACACAUUAAAGAUGUACAUGGGAAGGUAGUGAAUAACAUCAAAGAAGAAAUCUUGAAGUUCCGACUCAAAAGCGACACGAUAUCCUGCACGGAGUGCGACAAAACUUUUGUGUUCUUUCACGCAUUAAAAAGGCAUAUGGCCGAGCAUUUCGGUUCCUUCGUCUGCGAUGCCUGUGGGGCGCAUUACUUCGACAGAAGAUCUUUGGAGUUGCAUACACGAAAUUCUCACAAAUCGGACGAGAGAUACGCGUGCCACGAAUGCGGGAAGCUGUUCAAAAGCAAGCAUACAAUGUUCUUUCACGUUUCCAGCGUGCAUAAGAAAGAAGCGGCCUUUCAGUGCAGCAAAUGUGAUGCUGUGUUGUUUUCAGAUAAAGACCGUUACAAACACAUGUUGGAUGUUCACGGGGAAGCCAAAAUAUUUCCUUGCGACAUCUGCGGGAAAGUGUACACUAUUAAAAAGAACCUUAGGGAGCAUAAUCGGACGGUACAUUUGAAAAUUUUUAAGCACAAAUGUGGUAUUUGUGAUCGGGGUUUCGCGCAACCGUCUCGGUUAAACGAACAUGUUAUGUCGAUACACAGGAACGAAAAGAGUUUCCAUUGCGAUAUAUGUGGGAAGAGCUAUCCUCGGCUGCAUUAUUUGAAGAUACAUAUUCAAUCGCACAAUUCGCAAGGGCCUUGAGGAUCGGAAGGUUUCCUUUUCUCUCCCUGAUUGAGAAAACGAAUAUUGAAUCUUUACAUUUCUGAAAUACAGUGGGGGCUGUGUUAUGGAGUAUUGGGACAAUUAUAUCCAUUCAAACCUUCAUGAUGAUGCUUGGCGGGACAAAGGAGAUUCUUGACUUUGAGGAGGACUUUGUCUUACGAUACAGAGAUAGUUUCAUUGCAGGAUCAAUGUCUACUGUAUUAUAAUUUAUAACUGUUUAUUAAAAGUUACUUAUUUUAAAA